ACAAGAAAACGCAGCCGGCUCCGAGCGCGGGUGAUAGAUGACUCGCUGCUGAAAGGGCAGGCGCAGCACACGGCCGGACUGCCUGGUUCUUCCAAAAAAAUAGAUUUCCUUUUUUUUUUCUUACCCGGUGAUAGAGGGAUCCAGGACACAAUCCCUCUUGUUUCCCUCCACCCUCUUGUUAUCCGGCUUUGGGUGCUUGCCCCGCGCAAACCCUCAGGAACGACGCGAAAAUGCCUCCAAUCGAGAACGACGCAGGGAAGAAUGACCUCAAACUGCGAAUACAGCAGCUAAUCGAGUCCAACCCGGUGAUGGUUUUCAGUAAAAGCUCCUGUCCGUUUUGUGUCAGGGUGAAGGAUUUAUUCAAAGAGCUCAAAGUGGAGUGUAACGUGGUGGAGUUGGACCUCAUAGACGAGGGAACGAACUACCAGGAGAUGCUGCUGGAGAUGACCGGACAGAGGACGGUCCCCAACGUCUUCAUCAACAAGAAGCACGUCGGCGGCUGUGACAAAACCAUGCAGGCUCACAAAGAUGGCAGCCUGCAGCAGCUCCUGAGCGGACAGGCGGAGGAGAACCAAGACGACCAAGCUUACGACUACGACCUGAUCGUCAUCGGGGGAGGGUCGGGAGGUCUUGCGUGCUCCAAGGAAGCGGCCAAUUUGGGGAAGAAGGUCAUGGUGUUGGAUUAUGUGGAGCCCACCCCUAAAGGAACCACCUGGGGUCUGGGAGGAACCUGCGUGAAUGUGGGCUGCAUUCCUAAGAAGCUGAUGCACCAGACGGCGCUGCUGGGCACGGCCUUGGAGGACGCCCGCAAGUUCGGCUGGGAGUUUGACGAGAACGUCAAACAUAACUGGGAGACGAUGAAGACGGCGGUGAACAACUACAUCGGCUCUCUGAACUGGGGCUACCGGGUCGCUCUGAAAGAUAAGAACGUCAACUACGUCAACGCCUACGCAGAGUUUCUGGAGCCGCACAAAAUCAAGGCGACCAACAAAAGAAAGAAGGAGACGUUUUACACGGCAGCAAAGUUUGUCCUGGCGACGGGUGAGAGGCCGCGUUAUCUGGACAUCCCUGGAGACCGAGAAUACUGCAUCACCAGUGACGACCUUUUCUCGUUGCCUUACUGUCCCGGGAAGACUCUGGUCAUCGGGGCUUCCUACGUGGCCUUGGAGUGCGGCGGCUUCCUGGCCGGGCUCGGCCUGGACGUCACCAUCAUGGUGCGCUCCAUUCUGCUGCGAGGGUUCGACCAGGACAUGGCCAACCGGGCCGGCGAGUACAUGGAGGGCCACGGCGUGAAGUUCAUCCGCAAGUUUGUCCCCGUGAAGAUCGAAGAGCUGGAGGCCGGAUCUCCUGGCAGACUGAAGGUGACGGCCAAAUCCACAGAGACCGACGAGAUCAUCGAGGGCGAGUACAACACCGUUCUGAUCGCCGUCGGGAGGAACGCGUGCACGGAUAAGAUCGGUCUGGACAAGGCGGGCGUCAGAGUGAACCCAAAGAAUGGAAAAAUUCCAGUCAACGAUGAAGAGCAGACCAACGUGCCUCACAUCUACGCCAUCGGAGACAUCCUGGAGGGUAAAUGGGAGCUGACGCCCGUAGCCAUCCAGGCAGGAAAGCUGCUGGCACGCCGCCUCUACGGGAAUUCAACACUCAAGUGCGACUACAUCAACGUUCCCACCACCGUCUUCACCCCGAUGGAGUACGGCUCCUGCGGCCUGCCUGAGGAGAGAGCCGUGGAGCUGUACGGACUGGAGAACAUCGAGGUGUACCACACUCUGUUCUGGCCUCUGGAAUUCACAGUUCCCAACAGAGACAACAACAAGUGCUACAGCAAGAUCAUCUGCAACAAACUCGACAACGAGCGAGUUAUUGGGUUCCAUUAUCUGGGCCCAAAUGCAGGGGAGGUGACUCAGGGCUUCGGCGCCGCCAUGAAGUGCGGCAUCACAAAGGAUCAGCUGGACGGCACCAUCGGCAUUCACCCCACCUGUGCUGAGGUCUUCACCACUCUGCAGGUGACGAAGAGCUCCGGUGCAGACAUCAAACAGGCCGGCUGCUGAGGUUAAACCCCGCUCGUUUAGCGAGUUGCUCUGCCGUUACACUCUCCGGUCUCCCAGUCGGCCUUAAAGCCUCGCCUCGCCUCAACAUCCGAGUUUACAGCGCCGGCGUUUCUCAGGACUAGCGAGGCCGGCCCAAAGAUGCGCGAGGCUCAGAGAGUUUGACGUGGAGGGCAGCUCGCUGAACAGCGGGGUCACUCUGCCUGCUGGGCUUCAGCGGCGUGUUCUCAGAGGAGCACCAGCACACGCCGUGUGUUCUGGUGCUGUUUGUGACGUCCUGGCUCGUAACCUGCAGCACUGAGGAGAGCCAGGAUCGAUGUCCCUCUGGAGAAACACCCGAUGGAGGCCCAGACCCUUCGUCCAACAGCCCCCCCCACCCAGCUGUAUCCAACCACUGCUUACACAGACUGAAGGCUAGCUUCCGCACAAACAGGAUUUGAUUGGACACAAGGCUCUGAUGUCCUCAUCAUUCCACAUAUCGGCUGUCCCAGAUUUGAGAUCAUCUCUGUAUUUAUCUUUGCUGUGUUGGUCUGCAGACUUCACGGUCUUUGAAGUCCCAAUCUUUUUACUGUUAAUUUAACUCAUCAGUUGCAGCUUCUUUCUGUCUCUCCGUGUUGUAUAUAAGAAUAUUUAGUAUUCUGAUUACUAUCAGUGAGAUGUUUGUUGCUUUUCAAAGCUCUGUACUUUUUUUUUUUUUUCUUUUCUCCUCUCAACAGUUAAUAAAGAAUAAACUCUU